CUCAAUCUCAAUAUAUAAAAUCACAAGCAUGACCCAUCCUCAGAGAUUCAUUAAAACAUGGCUUCUCUCUUUACUUUCACUCUUUUCAUUUUCUUCACACUCUCCACCGCCUCUCGCAGCCACAAGCACCAUUCUCCCACUCCCGCUCCCACUCCCACCCUCUCUCCCACCGCCGUGCCGGAUAUUCAACAAGCCUGCAAAGCCACACGCUUCCCACAACAAUGCGAAUCAUCUCUCUCAAAUCUCCCUCCAAAUCCAACCACUCUCCAACUUCUCCAAUCCGCAAUCUCCCUCUCCUCCGACAAUCUCGUAACUGCCAAAUCAAUGGUUAAAUCCAUUCUCGACUCCUCUUCCACCAGCCGCAACCGUACCGUCGCCGCCACAACCUGCAUCGAAGUCCUCACUAAUUCACAACACCGCAUUUCCCUCUCUCAAGACGCACUGCCACGUGGCAGAACAAAAGACGCCCGAGCAUGGCUUAGCGCUGCCCUCGCUUACCAGUAUGAUUGCUGGAACGGACUCAAGUACGCAAACGACACACGCGCCGUCGGCGAAGCGAUGUCGUUUAUAGAUUCCCUCUCAAUGCUCUCGAGCAACGCACUCGCCAUGGCGUUUUCUUACGACGUUUACGGAAACGACACGUCGUCGUGGAAACCGCCUUCUACGGAGCGCAACGGUUUCUGGGAAGCGUCUGGAUCAGGCGGAGGAUCUGAUUUCAAGGGAGGGAUUCCGUCGACUUUGACGCCGGAUGUAACGGUGUGUAAGGGAGGAGAGAAUAAGUGUUAUAAGACGGUGCAAGAAGCGGUUAACGCUGCGCCGGAUAACAGCGUUGAAGGGAAGAGGUUUGUGAUAUAUAUAAAAGAAGGGGUAUAUGAGGAAACCGUUAGGGUUCCGUUAGAGAAGAGGAAUGUGGUGUUCUUGGGCGACGGUAUGGGGAAGACGGUUAUCACCGGGUCUGCUAACGUGGGACAGCCCGGAAUGACUACUUACAAUUCAGCCACAGUCGCGGUUAUUGGGGAUGGUUUCAUGGCAAAGGAUCUAACAAUCCAAAACACAGCAGGUCCUGAUGCUCACCAAGCAGUGGCAGUCAGAGUAGACAGUGAUCUUUCUGUCAUUGAGAAUUGUGAAUUCAUAGGCAAUCAAGAUACUCUUUAUGCUCAUUCCCUUCGCCAAUUUUACAAAUCAUGCCGCAUUAUCGGCAACGUCGAUUUCAUCUUUGGAAACUCAGCUGCAAUCUUCCAAGAUUGUCAAGUCCUUGUCCGUCCUCGGCAACUCAAACCAGAGAAAGGCGAGAACAAUGCCAUCACAGCUCACGGCAGAACCGACCCUUCACAAACUACAGGCUUUGUUUUUCAAAACUGCUUGAUUAAUGGAACUGAAGAUUACAUGGCAUUGUAUCAUAACAACCCUAAAGUGCACAAAAACUAUUUGGGCAGGCCAUGGAAGGAGUAUUCUAGAACAGUUUUUAUUCAUUCAGUCUUGGGAGAACUUGUUACACCUCAGGGUUGGAUGCCAUGGAGUGGUGACUUUGCACUCAAGACACUUUAUUAUGGGGAAUUUGAUAAUUCUGGAGAAGGUUCUGAUUUGUCUCAAAGGGUAUCUUGGAGCAGCAAAAUCCCUGCUGAACAUGUGUUAACUUAUUCAGCGGAUAAUUUCAUUCAAGGAGGUGAAUGGAUUUCACCAUCUCUGUUAUCAGCUCAUCAGUAAAUGGGGGGAUUUUAUUUCAUUUAUAAAUUUACUCCCUUCUGUAAUUACCAUUUACUAAUACAAUGAUAAUAAUAUACCUGAAUUUCAAUAGCAAGGAAAAAAAAUUCCAAGGUAGGUACAGUGAAUUGUCCUACUCACUUCAUGGGCAUAGCCUCUAAUUUGGAAGAUCUAUAUGUUUCUUAUUAAUAAAUAAUCUGUAUACAUAAGCGUGACCUGAUUAGUAAAGCUAGUACACUUGUGCAGCGUUGCUAAUGUGUCUCAUUCACGUUGAGAUAUCGCAUUGAUGAUGAAGUUGAAAGUGCAUGCACGUCAAUGUACAACGGCUUCUGUUAUACAUGAUGAAAAGAUAUUCAUUUGAUCAUCAAA